UCCCCUCCCGGGGGCGCUGACCCGGAGGGCUUCUCGGAGGUGGCAGCCUUGACCUCGAGCCUGCCCGGAGGCUGGGGCAGGGGGAGGAGGGAAGGACAGCCCAGAGGCCCGCGAGCCGCUCUCGGCAGGUGGCCGAGGGUCACCCUAGGAGGUGACGAGCGUGAGCGCGGAGAGCUGCUGGCUGGCCCUCGGGGCCGCCCCCUUCGCCCGCCGGGGAAGGGCAGGCCGUGUUUCCCAGUUUCUCUCCUCUGACUGCGGUUCGCCGCUGAUUCUGGGGCUGGCAGGAGAGCAUCCCAACGCCAGGCUGCCUGAUAUGCUGAAGUCCUGUCCCCCAGCAGCUCUGAUUGGGACCCUAUCUGGACAAGGUCACACUCGGCGCAUGGGCUCAGCUCACACCUGGCUCGCUCCGCAUUAGUGUCUCUGCGCCCCUGCGAUGGCAGCCAUGCUCCUGAUGGCCAGACGCAAGGUGCCAGUGUCUUUUGAGGACGUGUCUGUGUACUUCACCAAGACAGAAUGGAAGCUUCUGGAUCUCAGACAAAGGAUGCUCUACAAGCGGGUGAUGCUGGAGAACUACCGCCACUUGGUGUCACUGGGGUUUUCAUCCUCCAAGCCUCACCUGGUCUCCCGGCUAGAGCGAGGAGAGGGGCCCUGGGUAGCAGACGUCCACAGGAUGGGGACCACCACAGGGAUGCAGGCAGGUGACAGGAUGAAGAGCAAACCGAUAAUUUCAAAGCAGAAAACUUGUUCAGAAGAACUCGCAGGGGCUGACCUUCAGGGUGGCAACAAGGGCCAGGUAGCCGGGCAGUCAGAGGAAACACUUGAGCACAGACGGAAACAUGCUUAUUGUCCACAGACAGCUUUCAGCAGGGGUGACCCUCCCAGGGAGAAAGGCCAAGGCAGCUCCCCAGGUGAGGAAAGAGAGAUACAGAGAAGUAGCUGCAGAGGUAGACAGGGUUUGGUUCUAAGGCAGCAGGGUUCCAAAGGUGCAGAGAAACAGUUCCUGUGUCAGCAGUGUGGGAAAUCCUUCAGCCGGAGCUCCAACCUCAUCAAGCACCGGAUCAUCCACAGUGGUGAGAAACCCUACGAGUGCGGCGAGUGCGGCAAACUCUUCCGGCGCAGCUUCGCGCUCCUGGAGCACCAGCGCAUCCACAGUGGUGAGAAGCCCUAUGUGUGCGGCGAGUGUGGGAAGACUUUCACACGCAGCUCCAACCUCAUCAAGCACCAGAUCAUCCACAGUGGUGAGAAGCCCUACGAGUGUGGCGAGUGCGGGAAACUCUUCCGGCGCAGCUUCGCGCUCCUUGAGCACCAGCGCAUCCACAGUGGCGAGCGGCCCUACACGUGCAGCGUGUGCAGCAAGGCCUUCAGCAGGAGCUCCAACCUCAUCGAGCACCAGCGCACACACAGCGGCGAGAAGCCCUACACGUGCAGCCAGUGCCUGAAAGCCUUCAAGGGCAUCUCCCAGCUCAUUCACCACCAGCGCAUCCACAGUGGGGAGAAGCCAUUCGAGUGCAAGGAGUGUGGGAAGGCCUUCCGGGGGCGCUCGGGCCUCAGCCAGCACCGGCGGGUGCACAGCGGCGAGAAGCCCUAUGAGUGCAGCGAGUGCGGGAAGACCUUCAGCCGGCGAUCCAACCUCUUCAAGCACCAGGUGGUGCACAGUGAGGAGAGACCCUACAAGUGUCAAGACUGCAGGAGGGCGUUCCGCAGCGGCUCCGUCCUCCUGGAGCACCGGCGCACCCACGGCAGCCUGCGGCCCAGCGCCUGCGGCCACUGCGGCCAGGCUUCCAAAGGGAAACCGCAGCUCGGCCGGAAGCCAAAAACUCACUGCAGAAGGAAGCUCUCGGAGGGAAGCAGCUCAGAAAAGGCACCGGCCUGCCUGGCCCUCUGGAGAGCCACUGCGGAGCCCCGCCCCGAAGACGAGAAGCUCCGUCCAGACUCCGCCCACGCCACCGCCCCCAGCUCCUUCUGACGGGGUGCACCGUGGGAGGGCUGGCUUUAAAAUGAGGCCCACGUUCCCCACCUCAACCCCCUCCCUUUGCUCGUUGAUGCUGCUGCAAUGGAAGCACCUAGUGCGCCGCAGGCAGACGGGCG